AUGGCUGAUGCUCAUGAUUUGGAGAUGGAGAGUAUGAAUCCAAAUACGGAGACAGAGAUGAAAGAAGCGAUGGAGGAGGAAGAAAUGAGAGAGGAUGGGGGAGGUAAGGCUCCCUCCAAAGAUAAAAAGGUCCACAGGAUUGUCUCAAAAUGGAUGCUUCCUGAACAAGUCCGAAGAUCGUACUUGGAUAGAGCUAACUGCUUCCCACCCCCUGUGUUCAUCAUCUCCAUCAGCCUUGUUGAGCUGGCAGUGUUUAUUUACUAUGCUGUGUGGAAGCCUCAGAAACAGUGGAUUACCCUGGACACAGGCAUCUUGGAGAGCCCCUUUAUCUACAGUCCUGCCAAAAGGGAAGAAGCCUGGAGGUUCAUCUCAUACAUGCUGGUGCAUGCUGGAGUUCAGCACAUCGUGGGAAAUCUUAUUAUGCAGCUCAUUUUGGGCAUUCCCUUGGAAAUGGUCCACAAAGGCCAUCGAGUGGGGCUGGUGUACUUGGCAGGAGUGAUUGCAGGAUCCCUCGCCAGCUCCAUCUUUGAUCCACUCAAAUAUCUUGUGGGUGCUUCAGGGGGAGUCUACGCUCUGAUGGGAGGCUACUUUAUGAAUGUUUUGGUGAAUUUUCGAGAAAUGAUUCCUGCUCUGGGGAUUGCCAGACUACUGAUCAUCAUCCUCAUAAUUACAUCAGAUAUAGGAUUUGCUCUCUACAGAAGGUUCUUUGUCUCUGCAAAUGAGUCACCGGUGUCUUUUGCAGCUCAUAUUGCAGGUGGAUUUGCUGGAAUGUCUAUAGGUUACACUGUGUUUAGUUGCUUUGAUAAGGCCCUGCUGAAAGAUCCACGGUUUUGGAUAGCCAUCGCUGCUUAUUUAGCUUGUUUCAUAUUUGCUGUGUUUUUCAAUAUUUUCCUUUCACCAGCAAACUGA